GAAGGGCAAGGCUAGGAAAGAAAGAAGUUACUCUGCUGGGAUCUUACAGGGCAGCCGGAGCAGGGUCAAGAAGGCAGCUGGAGGCAGGGGGUGCGGGGAGAUGGACAUCGCUGUUGCUGCCCUCCUGGCCGCGGUCCUAGGCUGGCUUGGGGUCAGGUGGCUUUUGGCCAGGAGCCGCAAUGAGCCGCCCUGCAUCAGUGGCUGGAUCCCCUGGGUAGGAGCUGCGCUCCAGUUUGGGAAGGCUCCCCUGGAGUUUAUCGAACAAGCCAGACUCCAGUAUGGACCGGUGUUCACAGUGUAUAUGCUGGGGAAACGAUACACAUUUGUUACUGAGGAAGAAGGAUGUCAAGUAUUUUGCACAUCUAAAGAUGCCGACUUCGAGCAAGCAGUACAACAGUCUGUUGAGCACGCAGUUUCAGUUCCUGCGGAGAUCUUUUAUAAGAACAGGUUCAAGCUGUAUAUGAUGUUGAAGGGAAGACUGUCGACCUCAAAUCUGCACCUGCUGGUUGGGAGUAUCUGUGCAGAAUUCCAGGAAAACAUGCGGGACUUGGGGGCAGAGGGAGCCGAAAGUCUCUAUGACACGGUAAGGCAGAUCAUGUUCCCAGCAGUAGCGAACAUCAUGUUUGGAAAAAACAUCUUUCUGGAAACCGAAAAUAACCUCAAGGAGUUACAGGAGCACUUUCAGAACUAUGAUGAUGAUUUUGAAUAUGCCACACAGAUGCCUGGAUAUUUUAUGAAGAAAUGGUCUAAAUCUAAGAAGUGGCUGCUUAAAGUGUUUGAAGACGUGGUGGCGUAUGCAGACAGAACAAACCCCCCUGAUGGUGAUUCCAAGACAGUUCUGCAGCAUGUCCUAGACACCUUAACUGCAAAACGCUUUGGUGCUAAUUACGGUCUCUUACUCCUCUGGGCCGCUCAAGCGAAUGCAAUUCCUGUUUCUUUUUGGACGCUUGCAUUUAUUCUAUCUCACCCAUCUGUUUACAAAAACGUGAUGCAAGAAGUAGAAUCUGUUUUGGGAAAAGCCGGGAAAGAAAAAGUGGAAGUGUCUAACGAAGACCUCAAAAAGCUCCAGUUUAUCAAGUGGUGUAUUUUGGAAAGUGCACGUUUAAGAGCCCCAGGAGCCAUCACCAAGAAAGUGAUGAAGCCAAUAAAACUUCAUAAUUUCGUCAUCCCUGCUGGCGACAUUUUGAUGCUGUCUCCGUACUGGAUCCACAGAAACCCCAAAUGUUUCCCUGAGCCUGAAAUUUUUAAGCCAGAUCGUUGGAAAGAAACAAAUUUAGAGAAGAAUGCUUUCUUGGACGGCUUUGUGGCGUUUGGAGGAGGGUCACAUCAGUGUCCAGGAAGGUGGUUUGCUAUAAUGGAAAUUCAAGUCCUCAUUGCUUUGUUUCUUUAUAAAUAUGAAUGUACCCUUAUGGAUCCACUACCAAAGGAGAGCCCUCUCCACUUAACAGGGACUCAGCAGCCCGAAGGACCGUGCAGAAUUCAGUAUAAAAGGAGAGCCUAAAAAUAAAUAAUCCAUAGCACCCGACCCAGUUCCCAUAGCAGCCACUGCCACACGAAGAGGCUGUUGAUCUCAAGGGCUUCCUCUGUUCUCAAGAGCUUGAUGUGUUGUCAGGUGCCAUAUCUGGAGUCUGAAAACCAGAGGUUCAAUUAUACUAUGCAACCUGUAUUUUUAUACUGUGCUGGUGAUUUCAAGGCUUUAGAUUCAUUUACACCAAGAACAGCCAGCUUCUUUUCAUUCAUCCUUUUCAUUGUAUGGACCCAACUGGGGGAACUGAGCUCUGUAAUUAACAGACUAUCCCCAACACCAAAAUAUGUUAAGGACACAAACAGCUUCUGUUUGAGCCAGACAGAGGAAGAUAAUCUAGGCACUUCCUUUAUAACAGGGUGGUUCACUCCUGCCCUGCGGCUGCCUGACUAGAGAUGGAGCCCUAAGAAGAUAUAAAAUGUUGCCAAACUGUGAACUAUAGCACUCAUUUCCUACUUUGCACAGGCCGUUGGUAAAUUGGCCUACCUCAUAUGGGUAUGGGGGUUCAGCAACACUCAAUUAUCAUGAAUGAAAAUGUGUAGGGUUGUAUCCAACUGUGGUUCUGCCAGCAGAGGACAAAUUUUGCCCCUCCCAUUGCAGAUCUCAAUAUCGUGCCCAGUAUGCUGAGAUGCUGGCGGGGCAGUGUUCCAAAGGGCUCAGCGGGCUGCAGUGGAAGGGGGAAGACAGGAAAGUUCCAUCCCAAGAACAGAGCAGAUGCCUGGAUGCCACCCACUGUCAACAGGGCAGUGCUUUCACCCAAGUGUCAUUUGUCUCCUCAGCAUUGCCUGAACAGGAAUUCUUCUAUUUUGUUCAGUCUAAGAAAUAUCCUGGGGGAAAAUUCCAAUGCGAAGAGGGGGACAUAGUACUUUGAAAUGCUUUGGAAUUUCUCAAAACUAAAAAUCCCCAGGUUUUUAGCAAAGCUAAAAAUAAAGACGAGAGCUUUCAGCUACUCAGUUCUGUAGGAGUCAAACAGAAGAGAUCGAGAGCACCCAUCUCAUCCUGUCUGUGAAAAGCAGUUGGCUGGCACGCGUAGCCUCCAUUUGCCCCAAUGCAUGGGGAAGAGAGAGGGAGUUUAACCCUUCAGUGGACACUCGACUUUGUACUUGAAGCUGCCCCCCCUGCUUUGCCUUUACCAUUUUAAAAGAAAAUGCAUGCUUUAAAAGAAGACACAUUUUCUGUUUUAAAAUGCAAACAACCGUGCAGGGAGCCUUAUCUCAGACAGCAGAGCCCUCUUCCUUCCCUAUCUGCCCGCCGCCAAAAGGCACACGCCUGUCAUUUGCAUUGAUGGGCAGAAUGGAAUGUGUAACCUGUAUAGUCUUUUGAGCCCUAAAAAGCAACACUACGAACUUAAAAGGUUUGCAGAUAUUUACAGUAACUAAGACCAGACUAGGAACUCAGUGGAUGCAGAUUCUUAUAUUCCCAACCCUAUGCAUAUUUACUCCGAAAAGCAUCUUGCUGUGUUCAGUUGGGCUUACUAAUAAGCAAAUAUAAGUGAUUGGUUCAAUCUUAUGGGAUUUGGACUCAUAUCCUUUACCCUUAACAACACAGAAGAUGCCGUAGGAGCACAGCAAGUGCCUAAUCUGUACAUUUCUAACAAUAAAUGCCCCCGUCUAUUA